AUGUACAACAUGGAGAAACUAUCAGGAUCUCUCUACUGGAACAGUGCGGCUAUUGGGGCAUCUCGCUGGGUGGUCAAUAUAAUUGUCAGCAUAGCAGACUACAAACUACACUGGUUCGGACGGAAACUUAUCAAUAUUCUCUCGAUGCUCUUCACAUUGGCCAGUUUAGGAGUGAUGGCUGUGUACAUGUAUACAGGACACGGUGGAAGUAUUCUGGCAAUCGGGACUACUGUAGCCAUUGCAAUGUGUUCACAGUUGUUCAUUGCAAAGUAUUUGAUGGUCAAUGAGUUGUAUCCGACGGCUGUCAGAAAUGUUGCAGUGUCAGCAGUAUCCACGAUGAGCAGAAUUGGAUCAAUGUUCUCACCGCAGUUGUUUUAUUUGAGUGACAUUGCCGAAUGGAUACCAUAUGCAGUUCUUGUCGGAUUUCAACUCGUCGAUCUCAUCAUUUUCUGUGUUUUCAUUCCGGAAACGAAAGGAGUUCAUUUGGAGAAUCACUUGCCGCCGAAACAUAAACGCAUUUUUGGAAAACGGACUUAG